ACUCGGCCCGGCGCGCGCUGCGGGCAGCGGCCGGAGCGGCCAGAGGAAUCCGGUUCGGUGGCGGCGGCGGCAGCGUUCGGAGACCGAGGAGGAUGCGGCACCGGCAUUCAGAGCUUGGGGCUGCGGUCGCUCGCGCAUAGGAGGCGGCGCGAGGCGCGGGCGGUGCUCAGGGCGGGAGAGUUGGGGGGGGGCGGCGCGGCGAGGAGGCGGCGGCGGCGGCAGGAGCCCGCGCCCGGCCGGCGCCCGCCCGCCCGCCUGCCCCGCGCUGCCCCGCGGCGCCUUUUCUGCCCCCGCCGCUCCGCGGAGCGGGAGCCUCGGCCCUCGGCGCGGCUGCAGAGGGCUGCCCUGCGCCUGGCUUGGCCCCCGCCUUAGGGAUGGCAAACUUGCACCCCGUGGCCGCCUCCGCAAGCGCCGGCCCCCGCUCCUGCUGCUGACGGCGCCCAGGGCAAGGGACAUAGGAUGACCCCAGCCUGUCCCCUCUUACUGUCUGUGAUUCUGUCCCUGCACCUGGCCACCGCCUUCGACCCUGCCCCCAGCGCCUGCUCCGCCCUGGCCUCGGGCGUGCUGUACGGGGCAUUCUCGCUGCAGGACCUCUUUCCUACCAUCGCCUCGGGCUGCUCCUGGACCCUGGAGAACCCUGACCCCACCAAGUACUCCCUCUACCUGCGCUUCAAUCGCCAGGAGCAGGUGUGCACCCACUUUGCCCCCCGCCUGCUGCCCCUGGACCACUAUCUGGUCAACUUUACCUGUCUGCGGCCUAGUCCUGAGGAGGCGGUGGCCCAGGCAGAGUCUGAGGCGGGGCGGCCAGAGGAGGAGGAGGAGGCGGCAGCAGGGUUGGAGCUGUGUGGUGGCUCAGGCCCCUUUACCUUCCUGCACUUCGACAAGAACUUUGUGCAGCUGUGCCUGUCUGCUGAGCCUUCAGAGGCCCCGCGCCUGCUGGCACCUGCUGCCCUAGCCUUCCGCUUUGUGGAAGUCUUGCUCAUCAACAACAACAACUCCAGCCAGUUCACCUGUGGUGUGCUCUGCCGCUGGAGUGAGGAGUGUGGCCGUGCUGCAGGCAGGGCCUGUGGCUUUGCCCAGCCAGGCUGCAGCUGCCCUGGGGAGGCAGGGGCUGGCCCUGCCACCACCACACCUCCGGGCCCUCCUGCUUCCCACACCCUGUCCAAUGCCCUGGUGCCUGGGGGCCCAGCCCCACCUGCUGAGGCCGAUUUGCACUCGGGGAGCAGCAAUGACCUGUUCACCACCGAGAUGAGAUAUGGUGAGGAGCCGGAAGAGGAACCGAAGGUGAAAACCCAGUGGCCAAGGUCUGCAGAUGAGCCUGGGCUAUACAUGGCGCAGACAGGCGACCCGGCAGCUGAGGAGUGGUCCCCGUGGAGCGUGUGUUCCCUGACGUGUGGGCAGGGUCUGCAGGUGCGGACCCGCUCCUGCGUGUCCUCCCCUUAUGGGACCCUGUGCAGCGGGCCCCUGCGGGAGACCCGGCCCUGCAACAAUUCAGCCACCUGCCCAGUGGAAGGCCAGUGGCUAGAAUGGGGUCCCUGGGGCCCAUGCUCAUCGUCCUGUGCCAAUGGGACCCAGCAGCGCAGCCGGAAGUGCAGUGUGGCAGGUCCAGCCUGGGCUACGUGCACAGGCGCCCUCACUGACACCCGCGAGUGCAGCAACCUUGAGUGUCCUGCCACUGAUGGCAAGUGGGGGCCGUGGAACGCAUGGAGCUUGUGCUCCAAGACAUGUGACACCGGCUGGCAGCGCCGCUUCCGCAUGUGCCAGGCCACGGGCACUCAGGGAUACCCCUGUGAGGGCACUGGAGAAGAGGUGAAACCCUGCAGCGAGAAGAGGUGUCCAGCUUUCCAUGAGAUGUGCAGGGAUGAGUAUGUGAUGCUGAUGACGUGGAAGAAGGCAGCUGCUGGCGAGAUUAUCUACAACAAGUGUCCCCCCAAUGCCUCGGGGUCUGCCAGCCGCCGCUGUCUCCUCAGUGCCCAGGGCGUGGCGUACUGGGGACUGCCCAGCUUUGCCCGCUGCAUUUCCCAUGAAUACCGCUACCUAUAUCUGUCGCUUCGGGAGCACCUGGCCAAGGGUCAGCGCAUGCUUGCGGGUGAGGGUAUGUCACAGGUGGUACGCAGCCUUCAGGAGCUACUGGCCCGGCGUACUUAUUACAGUGGGGACCUGCUCUUCUCUGUGGACAUUCUGAGGAAUGUCACUGACACCUUCAAGAGGGCCACCUAUGUGCCCUCAGCUGAUGAUGUGCAGCGCUUCUUCCAGGUGGUGAGCUUCAUGGUGGAUGCAGAGAACAAGGACAAGUGGGAUGAUGCUCAGCAGGUGUCUCCUGGCUCUGUGCACUUGCUCCGUGUCGUGGAGGACUUCAUUCACCUGGUGGGCGAUGCCCUCAAGGCCUUCCAGAGCUCUCUGAUUGUCACGGACAAUCUGGUGAUCAGCAUUCAGCGAGAGCCUGUCUCGGCUGUGUCCAGCGACAUCACAUUUCCCAUGCGGGGCCGCCGGGGCAUGAAGGACUGGGUGCGGCACUCCGAGGACCGCCUCUUCCUGCCCAAGGAGGUGCUCAGUCUCUCCUCCCCAGGGAAGCCAGCCACACCUGGGGUGGCAGCAGCAGCAGCAGCAGCAGCGGGCAACCCUGGCAGGGGUAGGGGCCCAGGAACAGUACCCCCUGGGCCAGGCCACUCCCACCAGCGCCUCCUCCCAGCAGAUCCUGAUGAGUCCUCCUACUUUGUGAUUGGUGCUGUGCUCUACCGCACCCUUGGCCUCAUCCUGCCACCCCCCAGGCCUCCACUAGCUGUCACCUCCCGGGUGAUGACAGUGACUGUGCGGCCCCCCACCCAGCCUCCAGCUGAGCCCCUCAUCACCGUGGAACUUUCCUACAUCAUCAAUGGCACCACGGAUCCCCACUGUGCCAGCUGGGACUACUCUAGAGCAGAUGCCAGCUCAGGGGACUGGGACACUGAGAGCUGCCAGACCUUGGAGACCCAGGCAGCCCACACUCGCUGCCAGUGUCAGCACCUGUCCACCUUUGCUGUCCUGGCCCAGCCGCCCAAGGACCUGACCCUGGAGCUGGCGGGCGCCCCCUCGGUUCCCCUGGUGAUCGGCUGUGCGGUGUCCUGCAUGGCCCUGCUCACACUGCUUGCCAUCUAUGCUGCCUUCUGGAGGUUCAUAAAAUCUGAGCGCUCCAUCAUCUUGCUGAACUUCUGCCUGUCCAUCCUGGCUUCCAACAUCCUGAUCCUUGUGGGCCAGUCCCGGGUGCUGAGCAAGGGCGUUUGCACCAUGACGGCUGCCUUCCUGCACUUCUUCUUUCUGUCCUCUUUUUGUUGGGUGCUUACCGAGGCCUGGCAGUCCUACCUGGCUGUCAUUGGGCGGAUGCGCACCCGCCUGGUUCGCAAGCGCUUCCUCUGCCUGGGCUGGGGUCUGCCUGCCCUGGUGGUGGCUGUGUCUGUGGGCUUUACGCGCACCAAAGGAUAUGGUACAUCCAGCUACUGCUGGCUCUCCUUGGAAGGUGGCCUGCUAUAUGCCUUUGUGGGCCCUGCAGCUGUCAUUGUCCUGGUGAACAUGCUCAUCGGAAUCAUCGUCUUCAACAAGCUCAUGGCACGUGAUGGCAUCUCGGACAAAUCUAAGAAGCAGAGGGCCGGGGCCUCACUCUGGAGCUCCUGCGUCGUGCUGCCCCUCCUGGCACUCACAUGGAUGUCUGCUGUCCUGGCCAUGACAGACCGCCGCUCCGUCCUCUUCCAGGCCCUCUUUGCUGUCUUCAACUCUGCGCAAGGCUUUGUCAUCACCGCUGUGCACUGCUUCUUGCGCCGAGAGGUCCAGGAUGUGGUGAAGUGCCAGAUGGGUGUGUGUCGGACCGAUGAGAGUGAAGACUCCCCCGACUCAUGUAAGAAUGGGCAGCUGCAGAUCCUGUCAGACUUUGAAAAGGAUGUGGAUCUGGCUUGUCAAACAGUUCUGUUCAAGGAGGUCAACACUUGCAACCCGUCCACCAUCACAGGCACACUGUCCCGCCUGUCCCUGGACGAGGAUGAGGAGCCCAAGUCCUGCCUCGUGGGUCCUGAGGGUGGCCUCAGCUUUUCACCGCUGCCUGGGAACAUUCUGGUGCCCAUGGCAGCCUCACCAGGCCUGGGGGAGCCACCACCUCCCCAGGAAACCAACCCUGUGUAUAUGUGUGGGGAGGGUGGCCUGCGGCAGCUGGACCUCACAUGGCUGCGGCCAACUGAGCCAGGCUCCGAGGGGGACUACAUGGUGCUGCCCCGGCGGACUUUGAGCCUGCAGCCUGGUGGUGGGGGCACAGGGAGUGAGGAGGCCCCGAGGGCCCGACCCGAGGGGACCCCCCGGCGGGCUGCCAAGACAGUGGCCCACACUGAAGGCUACCCCAGCUUCCUCUCCAUGGACCAUUCGGGCCUUGGGAUGGGACCUGCCUACGGGUCUCUACAGAACCCCUAUGGGAUGACCUUCCAACCACCACCACCGACACCCAGCGCCCGCCAAGUGCCCGAGCCAGGGGAGCGCAGCCGGACCAUGCCCCGUACCGUGCCCGGCUCUACCAUGAAGCUGGGCUCCCUGGAGCGAAAGAAGUUACGGUAUUCAGACCUGGAUUUUGAGAAGGUGAUGCACACCCGGAAACGACACUCGGAACUCUACCACGAGCUCAACCAGAAGUUCCACACCUUUGACCGCUACCGCAGCCAGUCCUCGGCCAAGGAGAAGCCCAGCCCUGGAGAGCGUCCUGGCCUGUCCCAACAUCGGCGGCAUCAGAGCUGGAGCACCUUCAAAUCUAUGACACUGGGCUCACUGCCCCCCAAGCCCCGAGAACGGCUGGCCCUGCACCGGGCAGCAGCCUGGGAGCCCACAGAACCGCCAGAUGGUGACUUCCAGACAGAGGUGUGAGUGCCACGCCGGACUGCCCACUGCACAGAAAUAUAUAUCUCUCUAUUUUCACACUCCACUUUGGAACUACCCAGGAGCCAGCGCCCCUCCCCCUCCCGAGGCUGGGCAGGAGGUGCAGAGGACUCAGCUGGGCGGGGGAGCCAGACAUGGCAUGGCCUGGAGGCCAGGGCCCCUCCUCGUUUCUUAGAGGCCCCUCAGCCACCCACCAGAGCCUCAUCUUUGCCCCAGUCUGUCUGUCCCUGUCCCGGGCUGGGGAGGGGGGAGGGAAACUUUGUUGGGAAUAAACUUCACUCUGUGGA